CGGCAGGCGGACUCUCAACCACUGCACCACCAGGGAAGCCCUGGAAAAACUCUUAAAGGUCAUGUACUCCAACCACCUUUCCAGGGCCUGAAAAAUAUUCCUGCCAAGGAUGCUCAAAUAGUUUCAAUGAUGGGAUGUGCAUAAAAAUAAAUAUAUCACAAUAUUGGCUAAGCUUUACUGAUCACUUACAAUGCAUUAGGCACUGUACUAGAUGGUUUUAUGCUUUAUCUCCUCUCACUCUUACUCCAGCUCUCAAGGUAGGAACUAUUAUUAUUAUUAAUUAUUAUUAUUCUCACUUUACAAAAAAGGAAACUGACUUUCAGGGGUUAAGUCACUUGCCCGAGGUCUCCCAGAAGCUUAUCUCCUCUGUCUCUGGACUGACUAGGCGCACAGAGUGGACAUCUCCCAGACAAGAGCCUGUGCUCUUCCCUGUCUUCUGACCUACCACCCUGACCUCUCCCCGGGAAAUGGGCCGGGGCAUGACAAGACACACUUGCUCCCUGCACUUGGCUUCCGGGGCCUGCUUUCCUCUACCCUCAGCUUCAGAACACUGUGCCCUGAGAUUCCACCUCUGGGUUUUCAUGCCACUCUAGCAGGGGGUCGCUUGGAAGCCAAAGGAUUGGGAUUGAGAUUCAAGGGUUCAGUAGAGGCUUGGGGUAAAGGAUCAAAACAGUGGUUGAAGUUAUGGUCGGGCUGAGGGUUACCGCUAAGAAAUCCUGGACUAGAUCACAAGAUAAACCCUAGGGCGGGGCUUCGAGUCAGAGGUUAUGACUACAGGAUCAAGGUCAGAGACUUUCUCUCCUCUGGUCUCCUCCCAAUUCUCCAAGGCACUGAGGGCCAGGCAGGAAGCAUCGGUUUCCUCAAAGCCGCUUCCCUCCUGGGGCAGAGUCUCGGUCACAAACAACCACCACUGCCGCCGCGCCCGCCCCUCCUUCCCUCCGCUGUGAGCUCAGAGCAGUAGGACAAAGUGCUACAGACAAGGACAGAGGCCUGAGGGCAGCCAUGGGCUCUGGAGGAGUAGGCCUCCUUGGGGCCCGUCAGCCCCUGCCCCUCCUGCUUCUGCUCGUCACAGGAGGCAUGGCUCAGGACUCCCCACCCCAGAUCCUCGUCCAUCCCGAGGACCAGCUGCUCCAGGGCCCUGGCCCGGCCAAGAUGAGCUGCCAGGCCUCAGGCCAGCCACCUCCCACCAUCCGCUGGCUGCUGAAUGGGCAUCCCCUGAGCAUGGUGCCCCCAGACAUUCACCACCUCCUACCUGACGGAACCCUCCUGCUGCUGCGGCCCCCUCCCCGGGGACGUGCCCACGAUGACCAGGUCCUGUCCACAGACCUGGGUGUCUACACGUGUGAGGCCAGCAACCGGCUGGGCACGGCAGUCAGCCGGGGCGCUCGGCUGUCUGUGGCUGUCCUUCGGGAAGAUUUCCAGGUCCAGCCUCGGGACGCGGUGGCCACGGUGGGCGAGCAGGUGAUUCUGCAGUGUGGGCCGCCCUGGGGCCACCCAGAGCCCACAGUCUCAUGGUGGAAGGAUGGGAAACCCCUGGCCCUGCAGCCAGGGCGGCACUCGGUGUCCAGAGGUUCCCUGCUGAUGGCAAGAGCAGAGAAGAGUGACGCAGGGACCUAUAUGUGCGUGGCCACCAACAGUGCAGGACGACGGGAGAGCCGGGCAGCCAGGGUGUCUGUCCAAGAGCCCCAGGACCACAAGGAGCCCCUGGAGCUUCUGGCUGUGCGCAUUCAGCUGGAAAACGUGACCCUGCUGAACCCAGACCCUGCGAAGGGCACCAAGCCUGGUCCUGCUGUGUGGCUCAGCUGGAAGGUGAGCGGCCCUGCUGCACCUGCUCAGUCCUACACGGCCUUGUUCAGGACCCCAGCUGCCCCCGGAGGCCAGGGAGCCCCGUGGGCAGAGGCCCUGCUGGCUGGCUGGCAGAGCGCAGAGCUUGAGGGCCUCCAGUGGGGCCAGGACUACGAGUUCAAAGUGAGACCAUCCUCCGGGCGGGCUCAAGGCCCCGACAGCAACGUGCUGCUCCUGAGACUGCCUGAGCAAGUGCCCAGUGCCCCUCCCCAGGAGGUGACCCUAAAACCUGGCAACGGCAGUGUCCUCGUGAGCUGGGUCCCACCACCUGCUGAAAACCACAAUGGCAUCAUCCGUGGCUACCAGGUCUGGAGCCUGGGCAACACCUCGUUCCCCCCGGCCAACUGGACGGUGGCGGGCGAGCAGACCCGGCUGGAGAUCGCCACCCGCGUGCCAGGUUCCUACUGCGUACAAGUGGCCGCAGUCACUGGGGCUGGGGCUGGGCAGCCCAGCAGCCCUGUCUGCCUCUUUUUAGAGCAGGCCGUGGAGCAAGCUCUCCAGGAGCCCAGUGCGCACGGCCCGUGGACCCUGGAGCAGCUGAGGGCGGCCUUCAGGCGGCCAGAGGUCAUUGCCAGCGGGGGUGUUGUGCUCUGGUUGCUGCUGCUGGGCACCGCCGUGUGCAUCCACCGCCGGCGCCGAGCUGGGGUGCACCUGGGCCCAGGUCUGUACAGACAUACCAGUGAGGACGCCAUCCUAAAACACAGGAUGGAUCACAGUGACUCGCCGUGGCUGGCAGACACUUGGCGCUCCACGUCUGGCUCUCGGGACCUCAGCAGCAGCAGCAGUCUCAGCAGCCGACUGGGAAUGGACCCCCGGGACCCACUAGACAGUCGUCGCUCCUUGAUCUCCUGGGAUCCCCGAAGCCCUGGUGUGCCCCUGCUUCCCGACACCAGGACUUUUUAUGGCUCCCUCAUCAAUGAGCUGCCUUCCAGCCCCCCAGCCCGGCCAAGUCCCCAGGCCCCAGCUGCCAGGCGGCUCACACCCCAGCUGGCCAGGCUCUCCAGUCCCUGGGCCAGUUCAGACAGCCUCUGCGGCCGCAGGGGCCUCUCUUCUCCGCGCUUGUCUCUGGCCCCUGCAGAGGCUUGGAAGGCCAAAAAAAAGCAGGAGCUGCACCAGGCCAACAGCUCCCCGCUGCUCCGGGCCAGCCACCCUGUGGAGCUCUGGGCCUGUGAGUUGGGCAACAGAGGCUCCAAGAACCUUUCCCAAAGCCCAGGAGCUGUGCCCUGGGCCCUGGUUGCCUGGCGGGCCCUGGGACCACAGCUCCUCGGCUCCCCCAGUGAGCUGGUGACUCACCCUCUCCCCGCAGCACCCCUCCCUCCUCGUGGACCCCGCACUCAGAGUCAACAGACCCAGCAAUCGGUGGAGCCCCAAGCCCCCUCCUGCCACCCACUGCCAGCAGCCCCCGUCCCCGCCUUUAUCCCUUCCGGUCCCCCCAGCCCCUCCAGUCCCCAGGCCUCUUCCCUCUCUGGUCCCAGCCCAGCAUCCAGUCGCCUGUCCAGCUCAUCAUUGUCAUCCCUGGGGGAGGAUCAAGACAGUGUGCUGACCCCUGAGGAGGUGGCCCUGUGCCUGGAGCUCAGUGAGGGUGAGGAGACCCCCAGGAACAGUGUCUCUCCAAUGCCAAGGGCUCCUUCACCCCCCAUCACCUAUGGCUACAUCAGCGUCCCGACGGCCUCGGAGCUAGCGGACAUGGGCAGGCCUGGAGCGGGGGUGGGGUCCGAGGUGAGGGGCUUGCUGUGCCCACCUCGGCCCUGCCCCACACCCACCCCCAGCGAGGGCUCCUUGGCCAAUGGCUGGGGCUCAGCCUCUGAGGACAACGCCCCCAGCGCCAGAGCCAGCCUGGUCAGCUCCUCCGACGGCUCCUUCCUCGCCGACGCCCACUUUGCCCGGGCCCUGGCCGUGGCUGCGGACAGCUUUGGCUUUGGGCUGGAGCCCAGGGAGGCAGACUGCGUCUUCACAGAUGCUUUGUCACCUCCCUCCCCCCGGGAUGACCUCUUCCUGAACUCCGCCCUCUCCCUGCCCCCGUGGGAGUGGAGGUCAGACUGGUUGGAGGACAUGGAGAAAAACCACACCCAGUGGCUGGGAAGGGGGCUGCCUCCCUGGCCCUCCACCUCUCGGAUCUCGUCCCAGAGAAGUCAUGUCAGCUGUCCUGCGCCCAAGGCCGGCGACUCCUCGUGAACUGAUCCCGAGACUGCCAAGAGGAGAAUCAGAACCGUCUCCCCUGUCAGCCGCCAGUCUGGGCUGUGGACUAUGGGUCUUGAUCUCUGCAUCUCUGCAGUCGGGGUCCACCUCUCCCAGCCUCCAGAGUUCUCCGUCCCGGAUUGUGAAAACAAACGAAAGCAAAACAAAAUAUGAACAAAGCGGACCUGAAGCCCCCGGGGGAAAAAAUCAUCUCCACCUGACUCCCAGCCCUUGCUUUUCCCACUGCUUCAUCCGCGUCCACAGCCACGUCAUUUGAGCCUAAGAAGCAGCCCUAAAUCCUGAUCUCCCCACCCACUUGGAUCACGGGAAGUGGAGGGGCCAAAUGUCUGCCUGGAGGACAACAGUGGCUCAUGGGAGAGGGCUGUGGAGGAAGGAGCUUCUCAUCUCAGGGCCUCCCCUCUCUGCCUUUUCUGGACGAUUCCUAACUCUCUCCCCAAACACACCACGAAGGGACAUAAAGAGAGACUCCAUUGAGGCAGUGAGGCCCUAUCUCAGCACCAAGACAAAGGACGAGUCUAGGGAGGAAGAUGAAGGAGGAGUGACCAACGUGGGACAAAUACACCCUCCUCAUACUCUUGUCACUAUAAGCUUAAGGAAUCUGAUACCAUAAAGCUACGAUGACUUGAGUUCUGUGAGGUCACUCUGCGGGCCACCAUCACGAGACCUCUCGGUGGAGCACCACCCUCAGGAGGGCUCCUGGGUUAGAAAGGGAUCAAGGGUUCACUGACACUCUGGGUGUCACUCCUUUCUGUUCUGUUAUGAAGGGGGGAAUUACCUACAUCUUUCAGACUUUAAGCAGAAUGCAGGAAAGGGAGGGGUGGGGGAUUUUCGGGGUCUGCUGGUCUUAGCAACUUGUCCUGUGAAGACAACUCCUGCUUUCAGGGGUCCCAGCUGCCCUCCCCAAAGAUCAGUCCCAGAUGGUUUCUUAAAAUAGACAAAGUAGCUAAGUUUCACAAAAGGUAGAACCACCUGUAAGGGCUGGCCAGUGGGCACCCUUCAGACAGAAAACAGAACAGAGGAAUGGAGGGGCAGGACUUCCAGAGCCUGAACCACAGAAAACCACUGGAGGGCAGGCAGGGCCGCAUCCUUCUCGCUUGGUGGGAAAGGUCAGGGGCAGAAGCCACAUGCUGGGCGGUUGCUACUGAGCAUGCCCAGGGUCGUGACCUCAGGAUGAGGAGUCAGUGCUCUGGAUACACAUCCGUUCCUCUUUAUUUGCUUUUCCUUUUUUGGAUUUUAUUUUUCUUUUAGCUUCCUGGUAAAAUUCCUUUUGAAAACAUGCCAACCUCAUUUGCCAGACGAAAUGAGAAAAAAGGGAUUUGUACACACUUAGGUCAAAGUGGCAGGAGAGGUCAGAGCCUGGGACUGGGGGGUCAGCGGCCAUCCCCUGAGAGCCCGGAGCAGUCACUGGGCAAGUGAGAAGGAAACAGACCUCAGUGCCCAGUGAGUGGUGUGGGCUGUGGGUUCGGGAGUGAUGGGGACAAUGGCGUUCGUGGCCAAAAUUAAAAAGAAAUUCUCUGCCAGUCUAA